AUGACUGCAUUAGAAGAACAUAGACUAAUUACACUAACUAUUGCUCAAUUAGCCAGUCAGGCUGAAUUGGGUUUAGUAAGUAUUUAUGGAUUUAUAUCUAGUAUUAGGUUAGUGGGUAAGAAUAAAGUAUUUAUGGUGUUGCGGGAAGGGGGUGAGACUGUCCAGGCCGUUUAUAGUGGAAGUGGAGUAGAAGGUUUGGGGUUAGAAUUACGUAGUAAAUUAACAGCUGAGUCUUAUGUAGGGAUUAGAGGUAAGUUAGUUGAGACAAAGCAGGAAAUCUUGUCUUGUACGGUGAAGAGAAGAGAGAUACAGGUAGAGGAUGUAGAGAUUGUCUCACUAGCCGCUGAACUGCCUUACCAGUUGAAGGACUUAAGUUGGACGGCUCAGGAAAGAGUAGAGACACCACAAUUACCGGUGGUAGGACUAUCUAAAAGACUGGAUUUAAGGUCAUUAGAUUUACGAUCGGUUGAAUCUAGGAGUAUUUUUCUUAUCUACUCGGGGGUCUUACAGGCCUUUAGAAGUGCAUUGGUUGAGCGGAACUACUUGGAAAUUAAGACGCCUAAAUUGUUAGGAGGUGCUUCAGAAGGAGGGGCGGAUGUUUUUGUGGUGGACUACUUUAAGGAGAAGGCUAGUUUAGCCCAGUCGCCUCAGUUGUACAAGCAAUUAGCGGUUAUAGGCGGUUUGGAAAGAGUGUUUGAGAUAGGUCCAUGUUUCCGAGCUGAGAAUUCUAAUACAGGCCGGCACUUGACUGAAUUUACUGGAGUAGAUUUGGAGCGGGAGUUAAAGGGUGAGAGUUAUAUAAAUGUAGUAGGAGAGAUCUACGAUGUGUUGAAAACUGUGAUUAGAAGCGUAGGCAGUAAGUAUGAGGCGGAGUUGAAAGCAAUUACAGAGAUAACUGGUCGUAGUAACACUACGAUUGUUACGGAUGCUCCGGUGAUUUUGACCUUUAAGGAGGGGAUUGAUAUUUUAAGGGAGAUAGGUAGAUCUGGGGACUACUUGACUGAUAUUGGCACGGAGGAUGAACGACUUCUGGGCGAGCAAGUUAAGUUGCGCUACCAAACCGACUUGUUUGUGCUGGUAAACUAUCCUGCUAGUGCUCGGCCUUUCUAUACGGCUCUUUUACCGGAAGACAGUAACUAUACCCAGAGUUACGACUUUAUCUUCAAGGGCGAAGAGAUCUUAUCCGGAGCCGUGCGAAUUCACGAGCAUGAAGUCCUUCUUCAGCGUGUUAGAGCGAAAGGUAUUGCCGAGGAGAGUGUGCGGCCUUACACAGACUCGUUUAUCUACGGAGUGCCACCGCAUGCUGGCUGUGGGAUUGGGUUAGAACGAGUCGUAAAACUACUGACGGAAACAGGGGAUAUCCAUAAGUGUUCAAUGUUCCCUCGUGAUCCCUCUCGGCUUCAUCCUUAA